AGACACAGCGGGCCACUGGCUUCCUCCACUCAGGAACCAUGGGUCGGGAGGAUCAGUUCCAGCUUUAGGAGGAGGGAGCGGCAUCUUUGCCUCAGGGGUGUCAGGAAGCCAGGCUCGCCUGAUGCUUCUGGCUUUCUUUGGGGAUCAGCUCCUGGAAGAAGGGGAUGGUGGCCUGAGACGGAAAAAAAAAUCUCUCCCCAAAGGCAGAUACCAGAGGGUCCUUGAGACCAGACGCCUGCUCCAAAGAGGCUGCGAGGGGGUGGGAGGGUGCGGAGGGGCUAUGCCUUACCUUUGCCUCAGCUUGUCCCACAGAUGUCACUGUCCAGUCGCCUGUGUCUCCUCACUAUUGUCGCCCUGAUUCUGCCCAGCAGAGGGCAGACACCAAAAAAGCCCACAUCCAUUUUUACAGCGGACCAGACUUCUGCGACUACUCGUGACAAUGUCCCAGAUCCAGAUCAAACCAGCCCAGGAGUCCAGACCACCCCUCUCAUCUGGACCAGAGAAGAAGCCACAGGAAGCCAGACAGCAGCCCAAACCGAGACCCAGCAACUGACAAAAAUGGCCACCUCGAAUCCAGUGUCAGAUCCAGGGCCACAUACAAGCAGCAAGAAAGGUACCCCUGCAGUCUCCAGGAUCGAGCCUCUCAGCCCAUCCAAAAACUUCAUGCCUCCAUCCUACAUUGAACAUCCACUGGAUUCGAAUGAGAACAACCCCUUCUACUACGAUGAUACUACCCUCCGGAAACGGGGACUGCUGGUGGCUGCGGUGCUGUUCAUCACGGGAAUUAUCAUUCUCACUAGUGGGAAGUGUAGGCAGUUGUCUCAAUUUUGCCUGAAUCGCCACAGGUGAGUGCGGGCCAGCACCCUGAUGGGCACCCCAGCUGGAGCCUCCAAACUACACCAACUCACCACCCCCUGCCUCCUCCCUCUACCCCAAGAGCCUACAGAGUGAUCAACAUGAAAGAAUCCUGAAAGGAAGAGGCCACUGGAGGGAGUCAGGCUUAAGGCUAAUGGUCUUCCCACCCUGGGGAGAGAGGUCUCCCUAGGCACUGCUGUGGCUGUUCAGAUAAAUCCACAUGGUCUCUCUUCCA